AUGGUGCCACACAGAGAAUUAGAUUCGAAUGAAGACAAACGUGCAUUUUACGGAAAUUCGGUUUUAUUUUCAGUUGUGUUUACGAAAUCUUCCACCUCAGACGAGGGGUACAACUCAGACAGUUCGUCCAAAUUCUCCGGAAGCAAUAAUUCUCCGAGUGCUUACAUUCUACGUCCCCCAUGGUUACAAAGCACUGCCAACAAUGUCGUUCAAAGUUUUCGUAAGAAUCGAAUGCCACCAAUCUUCAACAAUCAACAAAUAAUACAGUUGGAAGAGUCGUAUUUGGACAAUCAAUACUUGACUAUGCGAGCACAAAUAAAUUUAGCUAGGAAGUUGAGGAUUAAUGAAGAUAAUAUAAAACUAUGGUUCCGAAAAAGGCGAUUAAUAGACUUUUUAGAAGUGGACAAUUAUGAUAGUUGCCUGACUACUAGUGACGCUUUACAGCACCUGUGUAUGCUUCAACAAAAAUCUAGCCAUCUGCAAGGACUAAGAGUACAAUGUUGAGGUAGCAGCCAACCAAAUAAUCUAAAUCUAAACAACAUAAUAUUAUAUUUAGGUUUGUA